GCCCGACCUUGCCGCCACCUUUUCGAUGGCGAGGACUAUUCCCCCAGGACAAACCUCUCCAUGUCUUCUGGUAGGCAGGACCAUCACAUCGCGACAGCAGACGAAGCGUCGCGAAGCCGAACGACCUGGGGCUUCAACGAUAUCAAGGGGAGGAAUGGGUUUCGAUACGAUGGAAUGGCGGCGCCACCCGCCGCGCAAAAUCAUCGCCUAUAUCGACACCCCCAUCUGCGACGAAACGGUGCCCGGGGACUAUCCCGAAUUAAUCUUCCUGCCCAUGGCCUCGCCAGCGAUGCCGCGCACGUGUCCCGUCGUUUUUGUGCCGGUUAUUGUUGCAGAUGACCACGUUCUGGCAAUCUCGCAAGAGUGUUCACCUGGGACACAAGAGAACGAGUCAAUGCUUCACCAACCAAGGCCAGAGGCGAGGCCGAGAAUCGACUCAUGCCGCCACAUGCCGACCCAAGACGAGCUCGGUUGCGAAAGGCAGCAAGGCAAGAACGGCGAAGUGCCGUGCCCACGAAGUGAGCAGUAUCAGUAUCCGAUAGCGCAACACCCCGGCCUUGGCCGUUGGGUAACAGCCGGAGACUGCCCAUCCUCCGUCCGCCGAGAAAUGGCACCGAGCGACGCCCGGGAAGCCAAGCAUCAAGACGUGGAGAGAUUCGCGUUCAGAGACAAGCCAGGUCAAGACACUGGAACCAGUCCAUUUUGGGCGGGAACAUCCUGGGACUCGAGGCGUGCUUGGCCAACAACCGUCUCCCAACGCCCGCCGAAGCCUCUCAGAAUUGGCUUGAUGUCAGUCUCAAUCGCUGGGGCGGUCCUGAUGACCCAAUGGCGCUUGGAAUAUACGUCGAAAUGGCCGGAUAACCUGCAAUCCCACUUCACACAACCCGAACUCCUCUCUCACCCCGGCGUUCUGGUCCUGGGUAUCUCGCUCCACUCCACCGCCCUCACGCUCUUCUACCACCUGAACGGCGGCAACAAACGUCAAGACGCUUUCCUCAUACCCCUUACGUGCGCGGCCGCAAUUUUGGGGUCUCUUCUGGGCCUGGAAUUGUCCACCAUACUACUUCGGGUCACCCCUUGGGCGAACAUCAUUGCACUAUAUGCGAGCACAUACAGGAAACAGGCGUCGGUGGGGCCGAUUGACCGGAUGGAUUGAUAGGUAGGGUCUACAAGAGCUGCCUUCAUGUCGAGUUCGCUUGUAUUUUGUCCUUUUCCUUUAUGCGGUCCCUUUGUAACCGGCGGUCUUCGCUGCAUCCCUGAGGCCGGGGUUUUUUUUUUUUUUGUCUACUGGACAAUUUUGAUGCAAGAACUUUCAUGGAAUUCCUCAUCUACGGCUUUUCGGAUCUGAGAUUGCAGAGGAGUGUGCGGUUCGACGCGUCCGGUAUUAUUUGGCUGAUGGUCGUGGCAUGUGUGAUGGAGUGACGUAAUUAGGUCUGGUUAGCAGUGGGUAGCAGACUGGUCGACAGCGCGAUCAAUGGAAUUGACUGGAGCACGUCGAGCGUUGUCUUGGUUCGCGCAGGGCUUGUUGGGUCUGCGCAGCCAUCUACGUCAUUGACUCCAGCCAAUACCAGCUACGCGGGACGCUGGGCAGUAAAGCGCCCUCUGUCGAACAAAACUCACAAGAACGGACUUGCAUGUCCACCUCAGCGACCA